AUGGCAGAUCUUCAGACAUACCAGCAGCAAUUCCUCGAUCUGCUGCAAUCGGGCAAGUACAGUGACUUCGUUCUGACUUGCAACGGAGCUGAAUGGAAGCUCCACAAAGCGAUCGCCUGCACAAAGUCGCCAGUCAUCGCAACCGCCCUUGACGGCCUAUACAUUGAGGCCCAAACAGGUCGUAUCUCUUCCACCUUCGACGUCGCAACCAUGGGUCGUCUCGUUCAGUUUCUGUAUAUUGGGGACUACUCUUCAUCUCCUGGCUUGGCUGGAACACGGCCAUCGUUGGAGACACUCCGGGACGAAUCUCGAUGUCUGGAAGCAGAGAUCAACCUGAACAUCGCCGCCGACUACUAUGGGAUCCAGGCGCUCUCGGCCAUCUGUCGCCUCUUCAGCGACCGCUAUCGCGCCGAGAGAUUCAUCAACCACAGUUGGGAUACGGCUAGUUUCCUAACCCUUCUCAAGAAUGCCGAAGAUUGGGUUAUCGACGAAAGCAUGUGGCAGAUCAUGAUUGAUGGAGCUGUGGCUCACAUCGCCGAGCUGGUUAGGUCGACAGAGUUCCACGAGAUUAAGUUGAAGAACAAGACUCUCAUAGAGAUCAUGUCUGCUCAAGUCCGGAUGGACGAAGAAGCGAGAGAAGGGGGAAGGCCAAGCACCGCCUCAAGCUCCGAAAGUGCAAGCCCCGCCUAG